AUGCUUUUGCAAGUUUUGACAAAUUUCCUCAGUGGUGAAUUGAAGAAAAUCCGAACAAAUUUUACCAUGUUUUUGAUUUUCUUCUGGAUAAUAUGGUUCUCACAGAUCUUAGCCAUUUCAACAAUGUUUAUGAGUCUGCCAGAUAUCACAGACAUACCCACAGUUACCAUCACCGAAUUGCCAUUGGAAAUUCUACAGCCACCUACACAGAAUUCCAUGGAUUCGGUAAUAAUUGCAGCCGCUGAUGGCUCGGCGGCUGGUGAGGGACGUGUCCUAAAUCACACUGUGGAUAUUGUUGUGGGCGGUAAUGAUGAUGAUGUUAAGAAGGAUGGACAAAUUGUAAAAAUCAAUGAUUCCGGUGGUGGUUCUGGAGAUGGCUCUGUACCAAUAACCUUAAAUAUAGAAAAUCCCGAAAUAUUAGCAACCCCAACACCGCCAGUAACAACAACAACCGCAGCAUCAUCUUCAUCUCCAUCAACAACGGCAACUUUAAACAUUCCAAAUGAUCUAAGCAACAAUGCAACGGCACAACAACAACAACAUACCGCAUCUUCUUCUUCUCCAUCUCACAAUGACAGUGGUGUAGAACAUCAACCUAACAUCAGCUCAUCAUCAUCAUCGACAGAAAAUUCACCCAGUCAAGUGAAUCUCACCACUGAAGAAGUUCCAAUGCCCGUCUUCUCCGAAUGGGCUCAAAAACAAAUGGAGGAAGCCGAAAAGCAGGCUAUGGAACAGGAGCACACUUUCAACAAUUCCGCUCAACGUAAAAACAACACCAAUGGCAAUGGAAAACCUGCCUCACUCAAAAUACGAGCCAAAAAUUACGCGUCUCCCGAUUGUGGAGCAAAAAUAAUCGCAUCCAGUGGUGAUACAUCAAAUGCCGGCGCUGUCCUUAGUUCCUCCAAGGAUGAAUAUAUGUUGAGCUUAUGCGGUAAACGCAUAUGGUUUGUAGUGGAACUCUGCGAGGCAAUACAGGCCCAGAAAAUUGACUUUGCCAAUUUUGAACUGUACUCGUCGUCGCCACAAAAUUUCACUGUGGCGGUGUCGAAACGAUUUCCCACCCGUGAAUGGUCAAAUGUGGGCCGUUUUAUGGCCGAAGAUAAGCGGGCCGUACAAAGUUUUGAUUUAUAUCCACAUUUAUUUGGGAAAUUUGUACGUGUCGAUAUCCAUUCGCAUUAUUCGAAGGAACAUUUUUGUACCCUGUCUUUAUUUCGGGUAUUUGGCACAUCGGAAUUUGAGGCUUUCGAAACCGAGAGUCAUCCGAAUGAAGAUAUUGAUGAUUUCGAUGAUGAAGAUUUGCAGGAAACGGCGAAAAGCAAUUCCGAACCUAAUCUCUUUAAGUCCGCAUCUGAUGCAGUGCUGUCCAUAGUCAAAAAGGCCACCGAACUGGUGGGGAAGCCGUCGAAUAACCAAAAUCAAACAUUCAAAACAACACCACACUCGGUGGUGUGUCGUACACCCAUGUAUGGCCUAUUCAGCUGUGCUGAUUGUCCCUCAUCACUGGUGGAGCGGAUCAACAAUGCCCUGUCUUGUGAAUUUAGGCAACUAAAUUCAUUGCUGAAUGUGCCCCACAUACGACGUGACUUAAUAUCCACUCGGAUAUGUGCCAAAAUGUAUGGCAUUGAAACCACUGCAAGCGGUUCGCAUCAUUCACAACAGCAACAACAACAACAGCUGCAGUUCAAGGAUAUCAAGCAAAGCUUUUAUGUAAAUAUUUUACCCCAUGACUAUGUGGGGGCCCUGUGUCAACUGUUGGCUAUGCCGAAACCCACAAACAACAACCGUCUUGCCAUCAACGAAACCGAGCAGAAGCAAAAGGAAGAAACGAGCACAAAUCAAACAUUGGAUAAGAAAUUCGGCAAAGAAGAUUUGGAGCUCUUGGAUAAACCCGAAACGAAGCUAAUGCGGCCAGAAAUGCGGCCGCUUGUAAACGAAAAGUCUGAAGAAAUCAUUCGUUACGAAUCCCUUGAAACCUCUACGGAAGUGCCACUAGACGAUAAUCAACAACAGUUACCUAGACCCCUGGAACCCACAGAAGAAGAUGUGGAAGUAACCACAUCAACGCCUAAAAUUGUAACAGAACAACCCAGUAUACCUGAUAAAAAUAUAUUUAAUGUACCUGUCGAAGAAUUAUAUGUCCCAGCGGUGCCAUCGGCACCAGUAACUCCUCCUCCUGCUGCAUCCUCCUCGUUAUCCCAGUCUGAGACUGAAGUAGCUGAUAAGUCAAAUAAUGGUGGGGACAUGGAUUCACCUGCAACAUCCACGGAAAGUGUAGAACACACAACGCCACUACCGCCUCCUCCUCCUGCAACACCAAAAGAUAUAGACAAUAAACCCUCUGCAUCACAAACGCCUCCAAUUGCUGCACCAACCCAACAACCAUCGACAAAAAGUGAAGAAGAUACAAAUUCAUGGGAAAAUAUUGAUAUGUUAUUGACCUCCACAACGGCCACGACAACACCACCAAGUGGUGGAACUGGCGUCGGCGGAGGUAGUUAUAAGGAUGGCACAAAUUCGCACACUCAACAUAAUGGAGCUACAAAUAAUCUCAAUCAGAAAAUAUCCUCUGGUCCCCAAUCGGAAAGUGUUUUUAUACGUCUCUCCAAUCGGAUAAAAGCUCUAGAACGUAACAUGUCUCUCUCCGGCCAAUACCUCGAAGAACUAUCACGUCGUUACAAGAAACAAGUCGAAGAACUACAACAGACACUGACACAACAAACGCUAACCGUACGCACACUGGAGGAACAAAAUCGUCGUCACCAUGAACUGGAACAGCUGUACGCUCAACGUAAUACCCAACUUAAAAACGAACUGGAUGACCUAUCACUGCAGGUGCAUGCCUGUAUUGUGGUCAUAAUAUUUGUAGGAGCAUUUGUAUUCCUUGUACUGAUGGUCGGCAUUCUAUUCUAUCGUUCUCUGAGACGUGAUACCAAAGAGGUACUCGCCCUAUAUGGUAAAAAUAAUGGCAAACGAAAAUCCGAAACCCCAACGUCAGCUUCUGCCAAUAUGCAAAAAAAGUUAAAUCGUCGUAAAUCCUUUGAGGAUUAUUCCGAUCAUCAACAACAACAGCAACAACGGCGGGAACAAUAUGUUCGCAGUGUCAGCAAUAGUGAUAAAAUACGCAGACCCAGUGAGGAGGUAAUGCUGAUAUUAAAGGAAUGUAAAUGUGAUAAUAAGUCGAUGUUAAGACCACCACCACCUCCAGGUGAGGGAAAUUUGGAACGUGAUGUAGCCUCGACAAGGCAGAGAAAAAUUUCUAUAUGUUAUGGCAGUAAUAAUAAUAUAAAUUCUGGAAAUACUGGUCUGCUGUGUCCACCAUCGAUUCAGUCAUCACAAAAAUCGGCCGCCGCUUCAGCUGGAAGGCGAAAAGGUGAAAAACAUUCAUGGCCCAAUACGGCUCAGGCGCAACAACAGGCAUUACAACAUUUACAAGAGCUAAAUAAUGAAGAUCUGGUUGGAGAUUCCUUUGAAAUCUCGUCAACAAAUAAAACGAAAAAAUCAAAUCAUAUAAAUGGUUCACAUCCACCCAACAACAGUAACAUGAAAUCGAAAAAGAAAAAAGACUAUGCCAGACGACAGGACUCGUCAUCGCCAGCGGAAACACAUCAUCAGCUGUUAAAUCAUACAGCGCCAGCUGAAUUGAAUAGUGCCACAGAUUACGAUGAGAAACUAAUGUUAGACGAAGAUGAUCUCGACAAUUUUAUACCCAACAAUGAUUUGGCCUACAAUGAAUUUAUGCCAGACGGACCGCGUGGCUAUCAAUGUCACAGUACCCAACUAACAACCACAUCCAAAUCGGAGGGGAAUAGCAAAAAAGCACGACGUCUAUCUUCGCCAGUUUUCUUCAAAUCGCCAUUUACCAAAUCCUUUAAAGGUAAACUAAAUCCAUCCUCAUCCGCUUCAUCCAAAACUAAUAAUGCACCACAUGAAUCAACAUCAUGGGAAUGGUAUCGUUUGCGUAAAUCAUCAUCGGCGUCUUCAAAUAAUGCCGCCAACACAGCAAAUAAUAGUAACACCACCACCACUAACAAUGCCUAUUUACGUGUCUCACCCAAUGCCAGCUUGGAUUCAUCAUCGUUGUCGGAAAUUAAUUUUCCCACUAAUUCCACAGAAAAUUCAUUUCGCAUUUUAGAAGAGGCUAUUUUGUCAUCGGGUGAAAGUGCCGUUACCACCACAGGAUCAUCAUCUAGCGGUGGUGGUGAUGGCUCCUGCCCCAAUUGUGGGGCUAGCGGCUGCAGUAGUGGCAUUAGCAGUAGCAGCAAUAGCAAUCGUAGUUCAUGUUCAAAUUCAUCAUCCAAUCAAUCGAAAUCGAAGAAAAAUCGUAGUUUUAAUAAAAUAUUCCGCAAAGUGUUUUGAGUUAGAGGCAAC